AUGAGGAGGAGCGCCAUGACAGUUACCAAAGGAAGGUCUACGAGAAUCUACAACACAAGAGCGCAGGGCGAAGCCAUGAACACUAUACGGGUUCAGUAUGAACAGUAUCUGCAAAGACUCAAAGACAUAAGAGUUUCUGAAAACUCAAAGCAGGUACAACAGCACUUAAAGAACAAUAUUCAGCAGAGGGAGGAGGAUGAAGGAAUUAAGGCCGAACACAGGUCUGACUUUAGAGGCCAUCUUCUGUCCUCCAAUUCUCCAGACCCAUCUCAGCCUUCUCACACCAUGCUAAACACUCAUCAGACAGGGAAAGACAUCAAGCAAAAUGCUGAAAGACACAACCAUCAUCCUUGCGUUCCACCCACUUGGUUAACUGGCUCACAGUCUUUUAUUUCCAAACUCCCCCAAAACAAUAUCCCAAAGGAUUAAAACCUUCACAACAUUCAAGCCUUGAAUUAUCCCUUGCCACCCUACUAUUCUUUACCUGGAGAUUCAGUCUGUCAGUCACAUUCUCCAGUCCAGCAAAAGCCACCAUCAAUGGACCAUCUGUGGGCCGGUAUAAGGCAAGGGUUUAUGCCUACAGCUCACUUCACUCCUGCUGGUGCUUCCUGGCCACAACUUCCAGCGCUGAACCCCAUGACGUGGGGUAUGAUGGAUGUACCAGACCCCAGUGAAGAAAGAAUCCAAUGCAAUGAGAGUUGCCAGAGACCAAAACACAGGAGGAAUGGGAAAGAGAGCGAUCGGUCUUCUGAGCUAGACUGUAGACCAGUGCAUCUAUCAAUCAACCAUGAAGAAAGUAGUGAAGGUAGCACUGUGUCCUCUAAAGUCAUGGUUUCUGCGAUGCAAAAACGGAGAAAGAAAAAAAGAGAUAGAACCAAAUCAAACUCUACAGAAAAUAGGAACGAAUCUCAUAGCUCUUCCACUAUAUCACAAGACGCUUCCGAUAGCCACUCAAAAUCAGCAAAAUACAUCAAAAACCAUCCAAGAAGUGUAACAGCAAAGAAUCCAUUAUCACUGAAAAAGAAUGUUGAUGCAGUGAUGCAAGAUGAAGACGAACAAGAAGAAAGCAGGAGCCAAGAAAUUUCUCAGAGUAGUGUCAGCUCUGAAAAGAUAGAUGGAUCUGAAGGACUCAGCUUUAAAAAGGAAGACGAUUCUGAUAAAGGAGAUGAUGGCAGUCGUGACAUCACUGUGGCAGAAGAGAAAAUAAGUCACAGAGAAGAUGAAGAAGAGGAUGAGGAAAGCACAGAUGGAGAAACAGGAUUGGAUGAUAAAGCACAGGGUGGUGAUGAAAAAGGGAGUGAAAAGAGAGAUGGGACUGAACCCAGUGAUAGAGGAGAGCCAGAAAAGGAAGGAGAUGUUCCAGAGGACAUUCCAGAUAGUCGAGAUGAAGGAGAGACAAUGGAGGAAGAGGAGAGAGACAGCAGUUUUAAUGAAAAGGAGGCUAGAAAGACUCAAGGACAUUUAGAAGAUGAGAGGGAAAUUCACAACAGUCUCGAGGAGUCUGAAGAGGAAGAGGAUUACAAUCAAGAAAUAGAAGAUGAUGAAGAGGAAGAUGAUGAGGUUGUGGUUGAGAAAGCAUACCCCUGGUCAAGAGAUCCUUUUGAUGACCAUUCAAAAUGCCCUGAUGAUGAUGAUGAUAUUGAAGGUCUUCUCAACCUUGUCAACUCCCAAGCACAGCAGGAGGAUGAUGUGACGGAGACAGACCAAUCAAAUGAUCAACCCUCUGGUUCAGAGGAGGAAAAUCUACCACAGAAGAACCAUCCUGCAGCCACAAAUGAGAUAGUGGAGUCUGAUGAUGAGUUUGACCACUUCUGUGAUUAA